AUAGAAGAGGUCACAGAUUACAGAGAGGAAUAGAAGAGGUCACAGAUUACAGAAAGGAAUAGAAGAGGUCACAGAUUACAGAGAGGAAUAGAAGAGGUCACAGCUGACAUCUCUGGUGCUCCAGAGGGAAGGAUGCCCAUGGAAGUGUGUAAAGCAUGAGCAGGUACCCUGUGCCCACCUGGGCUCACUGUGCAGAUCUCACUCUCCACAGAAGUAAUGCUUUGUGCACUUUGAUUAAUGCUGACCUGCAGCAGAAAAAAUAAAUUAAAUUAUGGCUUUAAUAUUUUAUUCUUGUCUCUCACUAUCCAAAUGUCAGGACAUUUUUAAUCUUUACAACUCCUUGGGUAGGUACAGUUCAGCCUAAUUGAAAACAGUUGGGUGAAGAGGACAAGAGAAUGGCUUGGUUUGUGCGGAGAAAGAGUUAAAACCUCAAAUUGUUCUUUAAAAUCAAGUUUGUUCCACUCUUCUUUUGUCUGACAUAGGAGAAUCACAGAAUCAUUAAGGUUGGAAAAUCUCUCUAAGCUCAGUGAGUCCAGCCAAUCCUGCAGCACUGCCCAAGCCACCCCUAACCCAUGUCCCCAAAUGCCACAUCUCCAUGGACUGUGAGCCUUUCCAAGAUGGUGACUCCAGCACUUCCCAGGGCAGCUGUGCCAGUGAAAUGCCAGGAUUUCAGCUCUGGCUGCUGCACAGGGGGAGGGUUUGGCCUGAGCAAGGGUGGUGUCAGAAACACACUGGUCACUUCUGAGGUUUCACAUUCCUUAAUUCCCCAUCUGGGGAGCAGGAAUGACUUUGCUGUGUUUCCUGACACCUGUGGAGGUUGUUCUGCCUCCACACUGUUUGUGAUCAGUGUGCUCUUUGAAUUGGCAAAUUACACACAUGAGCAGCAGGGAGAGUUUCCUUGGCAGAAUUCAGUGAGGUACCUCUCCUGCAAGAUAUUUCACCAGGAAAGGAGGGUUCAUUCUGAUUUUGUGGCCUUUUUUUUCUUCUGUUUUGUGCUGUUUGCUCACCCAGAACCAAAACUGAGAGGGAAGGAGGAAAGGCAAAUUGAUGUUUCAGAACUACCACACAUCUAAGUAUUUUCAACAUUAAAAAAAUUGGAUUUUAAUCCUUAACCAGUUCUCUGUUAGCAAUCCAACUGGCCUUUUCCAAGGAAUCAGAGUCAGGAGUGAGCCUGUGCUUCAUGGUAUGGAAGCAGUUUGGGUGAUGAACACCCUUUGUUUAUGGCCAUGGCAGAUCAAAGCUUCCCAGUUAAAAUGCCAUUCUUCAGAACAAAGAGUGCAUUUAGUAUAUUCUCACAAAUGUGUUCCUUGCAGCUUCCCACAUUUUAGUGCCAGGAAGGUGCUCCAGAGCCUUGCAGGUGUUUGGAGAUGGGGGGAGUGUUCCUGUGCCAUGUCCCUGUGACAGUCCCCAUGAUGUGACAUCCAUCUCUGCAGCAUUAUCUGUUGAGAGGUGCUGACUGUACUGCUACAGCAUGCAACUCAAAGGUGGCUGGAAAAAUAGGUUUGGGAGUCUACAGAUCAUUACAAUGUUGAAUCAUGUCCUCAAUUAGCCUACUGGUGUUGUUGUUCCUGUGGAAAUCCUGCUGUGUGCAGCUCAUUUAGGCCAAAGAUGUCUGCUCUGAAACAUGCAACUCUAACCAGAGUGCAUUUAUGGAAAGCAGAGCUGCCAGAGCUAGGGAUGGACGUGGCCUGAACGAGUGCCAGCUGUUUUCCAUGACUAAAUUGAAGAAAGUAUUUCAUAUCAAUGGACUCUUCAGAGCUACAAAUAACUGAUAUUUUUCCCCCCUCCCACAAGUAACAUUUUUUCUUGUUGUGCUUUGAAAGAUGCUGCACUUACACUGGCUGUUCAUGUCAGUGCAGUCACUGAUGUCCAUGAAAAAUCAGAGCACUUCACCCUUUUUUUCUAAACUCAAGAAGCUGCAUGCAUUUGUUUUGGGCCAUUUUGAGUUCACUGAGUUCAGGUACUGGAAUGGGAAGUCACAAAUUAUUGCAGCUUUAAUAGAAGCCAGAUUUUCUCCACGUUAAAUCCUUAUCUCUACUUGUUUAUUGAGUCUCUUGCUGUGAAUUCCUGGUUUUCCUCGUGCCAGCAGUGCAGAUGGAGUAGCAGACAGCCCUUAGAGCCCCCAGCAGCAGCCCUGGCCCCGUGCAGGCAGUGUCAGGGGUGGAGCCACGCUGAGGCCAGACUGGGAAUCACCCACUUACCUGGAGCUUGUUAGUUUGUCCUUGUCCUGACUAACAAAUGUCCUUUCCCCUCUCUCUAAUGCUGCUCAGUGCCUCGAGGGUGCCUUGAGCCCCAUGCCAGGCUGCAGUCAGUGGUGCUUGGGCACCAGGGGCUGGCACAGCCUGGCCAAGGCAGACAGAGCUGGGUUGUGGCACUGGAAAUCUGUACAGAUCUGUGGACUCCACUAGUUCCAAAGUGUCAUUUGAUGAGGCUGCUGAUUUGACAUUUAGCAGCAGCCAUAUGUGGACAGCGCUAUAAAUAAUGUGCUUCUGGAAGCUGAAUGGUGUAGCAUUACUAUUUGGCUUUUCUCUCUGGUCUUCAUUGUGUCAUCUGUAGUGAGCUCUAGGUUUUGUUUUGGGAAUCUUUUCAACCUCUUGUUUGCAUGGGUUCACCCAGUAGCAUCUGAUCCUUGCUUAUAGAUUCCUCCAUACACAGUCAGCACAGCUUACAAGCCACUCAAGAGAGGAAUGGUUCCUGCCCGAGCUGGGAUGAGUGAUGGGAUCUCAUGGAAAACCUGUGCUAGGCAAAACUGCUGUGGGUGACAUCCCACAGGCAUCAUCAAAACCUUGGGCUUCUACCCAUCUUUUAAUUGUCAGCAAUUUUUUUUCUAUUGGCCAAACUUUUAUCAGAAAUUUCUGCUGGGGAUGUCCUGCUCAGGAAUCACUGAUCUGCAUGGAAAGCAAGCAAGGGCAUCUUGUCAGGGCACAGGAUGGGGCUCUGGGAGGCCAGUUAGUCACUUUGGAUGAGGGUUUUUACCUCAGCCAGCUCUGUGAAGGUCUGGCAGACCCAAGGCCUUGCAUUUCCUACACCUUUGGAGAAGUUCUGCUUUGUCUUUAGAGCAGAGCUGUCCAUCAGUAGAGCUGGCAUUGUCCCACCCAGAGCUGCUGCAUGGAGCAUCCACAGCCUGUGCCCACAUGGGCCAGGAGAGCUCCUUUGCUCACCCAAACACCUUUUGGGAGACUCAUUUUGGCUGCCUCAGUAAUUUUUAUUGUGCUGUAAUACAAGGAGCUCCCAAAUGGCAGAGGAGGAAGGUGAGGAGACUCAUGGCAGCCUUUGCUGAGAAUGAGGAGUGUCCUCCCAGGGCUGGGGUGUUUCUGUGCAUCACUGCAGCUCUUCUGUAGGAAAACUGCUGCAUGUGAGGACAGUCUGACAGCUCCUGACAUGGGCAGGAAGCUUGCUGUGAAAAGCCCCAUCUCUUCUAUGUGAAAGUAGCUGUACUUUACACAACUUUCACUUAAAACUGCAUUUAAAAAAAAGCUGUCAGCUGUUGCAACAUUUGUUGUCCCAUGUCACAUUCUGGUCCCAAUAUCCCUGGAUACUCCCUAGUAUUAGGGAUUAAGCAAGCCUGGCCUUCCAUUAUUUAAUUUUUAGGGCAGGAUUUUCAUUUUUGCAUUGAAGAGCAGUUCUGUCAGUCUGCCUCCAUCAGAGGUGGAAAAGGAGGGAGGAGCUGAGCAUGGCCAGAAAGGAGCAAAAUGAUGGCUAGGCUGCAACUCAAAUGUUAAUUUUAAAUUAUUAGAGUUGUUCUCCUUAUUCAGUGCAACAGGAGAUGCUCCAUUUCAAUUGAGUAGGAUCUAAAAUUAGGGAGUGGUUCUACUGCAUAAAUAAACAAAUGGAAAAGUCUGGAGGGGGGAACAGCCCCUUCCUGGGAACUGAGACAGGGCAAUGUUCAGGCAUAAUUCCAAUUUAUGUCAAACAACUCAGGACCAUCCUCUUGAGUGGGUCUGUAAAAGUGGUGCUAAUGUGUAUAACCUUUCUAAAUAUUUCUUUUUCCCUUUAACAUUUGUUUCCCCCUUCACUGUCAGUCACAACACACCGCUCUUGAAUCUCCCAGCUGGUCUUGACUUGUUGAAUUUAUUUUAUGCUUUCACUCUUCUUUAAUAAAUACAUUACUUGCAAGCAGUGAAUUGAAAACAAAGCAAAAGAAAAAAAAAAACUACCAUUAGUGAUUGGACAGUUUCUUACUUUGUGUUACAUUUAACUGUUCUUUUGACAGCCCAGUUUUUAAAGCCAGGAUAAUAUUGGACAUCGCUUACUCCAGAAACAUGGCUGGAAGCUGGGCCAGGGAUUGGGAAAGUCACUGCAGGCGUUAUGAUCCUGGACUUGUUGUGGUGAUGGUAAACUUAGCAGUGGGAGGACAGAUCCCAUCCCUAUCGUUGUCAAGUAUGAUGUCAUGGGCAUGGGCCGGAUGGAGAUGGAGCUGGACUACGCCGAGGAUGCCACGGAGCGGAGGCGAGUGCUGGAGGUGGAGAAGGAGGACACUGAGGAGCUGAGGCAGAAGUACAAGGAUUAUGUUGAUAAAGAAAAGGCCAUUGCCAAGGCUUUGGAAGACCUCAGAGCAAACUUCUACUGUGAACUCUGUGACAAGCAGUAUCAGAAGCACCAGGAGUUUGACAACCACAUCAACUCCUAUGACCAUGCUCACAAGCAGAGGUUGAAAGAUCUCAAGCAAAGGGAAUUUGCUCGCAAUGUGUCGUCGAGAUCCCGGAAGGAUGAGAGGAAGCAGGAGAAGGCCCUGCGGCGCCUGCACGAGCUGGCAGAGCAGAGGAGGCAGCCUGAGUGUGCUCCUGGAAGUGGGCCCAUGUUCAGGACCACCACGGUGGCUGUGGAUGAGGAGGGCGGAGACGACGAUGACUCCGCAGCCAACAGCGGCUCCUUCGUCCAGGGCACAGAGAUGACCACGGACAGAGGCUUCCUGAACACUGGGCAAGGCACUGUGGUGCCAGGCCAGGCAUCACAGGGGGCACAGGCCAUCAGCUUUGGCAUUAAGGGCUCUCUGGGAACUCCCCUGCAGAAGAUUGGGGUGUCCUUUUCCUUUGCCAAGAAGACCCCAGUGAAGCUGGAGACCAUCGCUUCUGUUUUCAAGGACCACGUGGACGAGUCCAGUUCUGGAGAUGGGGCAAAAGGUGAUGAGAGGGGGUCCUCAGAGGGUGGCAGCCUGCAGAAGUCUGGGGAGGGUGAAGGCACCAAUAAUUCUGAUGGCAAGGGGGAGGACGAUGACCAGCACGACAAGGACAGCGGGGCUCUGGCCAGCACCUUAUCCAAACUGAAGAAGAUGAGGCGAGAAGAUGGACCAACAGCUGUGGAACCAGAAUAUUACCACUACAUCCCCCCUGCCCACUGUAAAGUAAAGCCCAACUUUCAAUUCCUGCUUUUCAUGAAGGCUACUGAGCAAACGGAAGCGGAAAAUGCGAACAAAAAAAACGCGCACGAAGCGAAGAAGGGGAGUUCCCCCAAACCCAAACCCAGCAAGCACACGGAAAAGGCUGCCGAGAGCACGGGGCAGCAGAAGGAACAGAGUACUACUGAAACUGCAGCCCAGCAGGGCAAAACAGAACGAGAAGACAUCCCAGAGAAUGAAAACACACAGGAGAGCAAGCACCUUCCAGAGAGCAAUCCCCCUGAGCCAGACACUGCUAAAGAAGCUCCUCCUCCUGCCUCGGGCUGCAGAGAUGGCUCUGAGGGACCAAAGCACCCCACAGGACCUUUUUUUCCUGUUCUGAGUAAGGAUGAGAGCACGACACUGCAGUGGCCUUCAGAGCUGCUCAUCUUCACCAAAGCUGAGCCCUCUGUGUCCUACAGCUGCAACCCCCUGUACUUUGACUUCAAGCUCUCCCGUAACAAGGAUGCAAAAGGGAAAGGGGCAGAGAAAUCCAAGGAUCCAGGGGGGCUUUGUAAGGACAACACUCAGAGCACAGAACCUGGUGAGGUGAGCAAAGCCAAGGAGGCUGAAAGUGUAGAGAGCAGUUCUGCUCAAAAAAUGGAAAACAAGCCCCAGAGCAAGCAGGAGUCCAGUCUGGGGAGCGUCGGUAAGGGAGAGGGGGAGGACAGCGGUAAGAGUGUAACGGGGAAGAGUAAAUCUGGAAGGUCCCAUAAACACAAAAAGAAAAAGAAGCACAAAAAGUCCAGCAGACACAAACGCAAACACAAGGAAGAAGCUGAGGAGAAGGCCCGGAAAGCUGAGCUGGGGGAAGAGAAACCCAAGAAACGGAAAAGGCACAGGCACAAAAAAGGUAAAUCCUCCCUUUCAACCGAGUCAGACCGGGCACUGAAACCUGAACUGUCUGAAGACUGCAGCCAUUUCCAGAAGAAAAAGCGAUGCUCCCAGGAGUCCCAGAGGAAAUCCCUGUCUGCCGAGGAGGGAAGCAGCACUAAAAAAGAGGACGGGGGUAACUCCUGCCAAGAGCAUGGCAGCAAAAGGCACAAGGCUGAGCUGCAGCAGGUGCCUGGAGCGAGGCGGCGCUGCCCGGCUCUGUCCCAGCCCCGCAGCGGCUGCCGGAGCCGGCAGAGCAGCGGUGACGACGACAGCGACGAGGGCUCCCCUGGCAAGCACUGCCACCAGAAGUCCCCGUCGCGGUACAGCGAUGACGACUACGAGUCGGGCAGCGAGCACUCGCGCAGCCGCUCCCGCUCGGGCCGCAGGCGCUCCUCACACAGGUCCUACUCCAGCAGCUCCGAGGCCUCCUCGGGCCACAGCCGCUACAGCCGCCACAGGAGCUACUCGGACGACAGCUACAGCGACUACAGCGACCGCUCCCGCUGCCACUCCAAGCGCUCCCAGGACUCCGAGGACGACUCCGACUACAACGGCUCCAACCACCGCUCCAAGCGGCGCAAAUACUCCUCGUCGGAAGAUGACUACAGCUCGAGCAGGAGCAGGUCCAGGAGUCGGAGCAGGAGCAGAAGCCACCCUCGGGGCAGGUCGAGAUCGAGGAGCCGGGGCAGGAGCCGCAGCAGCAGCUGCAGCCGCAGCCGGAGCAAGAGGAGGAGCCGCAGCGGGACCGGGCGCAGCUGGAAGCGCAGCCGCAGCUACAGCCGGGACCGCAGCCGCAGCACCCGCAGCCACUCGCAGCGGUCCCUGUCACGGAAGGGCUCGCGGGGCCACGAGAGCCCCGAGGAGAGAAGGUCUGGCAGAAGGGACUUCAUUCGGUCCAAGAUCUAUCGCUCGCAGUCUCCUCACUAUUUCCGGACAGGCCGAGGUGAAGCGGCGCCGCCCAAGAAGGAGGAUGGCAAAGGAGAGGAUCUGAAAGGAUCUGGCUCCCUGUCCCAGAACAGCAGUGGCUCUGGCAUGGGGCGGGCCUCGGAGGGGGACUGCAGUCCUGAGGAGAGGAACUCCGUCACUGCAAAGCUGCUCUUGGAAAAGGUGCAGUCCAGGAAGGUUGAGAAGAAGCCCUGUGUUGCUGAUGAGAUGCUGUCAGGGGCAAACAAAGUGGGCAUAAAGCUCAAAGAUCCUCCCCAGGGCUACUUUGGCCCCAAACUGCCUCCUUCCUUAGGCAACAAACCGGUUCUGCCCUUAAUUGGGAAGUUGCCAACCAUUCGGAAACCAAACUCCAAAAGAUAUGAGGAAUCUGGCUUGGAGAGGGGUGAGGAGCAGGAGCUGUCAGAUGCUGAGGAUGGUUCCCAAGGCAUGGAGGAGGGUCAGCUGGCCGGCCAGUCUCUCCUGGAAGAUGUGGUGAUGGUAAUUCAGGACAAGCCUCUGGAUGAGCAGAAACGUGAUGAAGCCACUGUGGAGAUGCCAUCCCUUCCCCUGGACACGCCAGCGCUCCCCGAGUGCUUUGGCUCCAGAGAUCUGGUCAUGCCACACAACUUCCUCUCGGAUCCAAGCGACGGUGAUGGGCUGGAGCCUAUGGAUGGGGGCAACCAGACAGUCCCAGUGGAAACCAGUAUGAUGCCCUUAGUUCCAGAUGUUGAGCACUUUCCUGGCUAUGUGCCUCAGAGCGGGGAGCCCAGCAUGGAAGGAGAUCGGGAGGGGGGAGAAGAUUCCUCUCUAGCCCCGCUGGAGAGCCAGCCCAUCACCUUCACACCCGAGGAGAUGGAGAAGUACAGCAAGCUGCAGCAGGCUGCCCAGCAGCACAUCCAGCAGCAGCUGCUGGCCAAGCAAGUGAAGGCUUUCCCCACCUCGGCCGCCCUGGCUCCGGCCGCCCCUGCCCUCCAGCCCAUCCACAUCCAGCAGCCGGCAGCAGCCUCGGCCACGUCCAUCACGACGGUGCAGCACGCCAUCCUGCAGCACCACGCUGCUGCUGCUGCUGCCGCCAUCGGCAUCCACCCCCAUCCCCACCCACAGCCCCUCGCUCAGGUCCACCACAUCCCCCAGCCACACCUGACACCCAUCUCCCUGUCCCACCUGACCCACUCCAUUAUUCCAGGUCAUCCCGCCACGUUCCUAGCCAGCCACCCCAUCCACAUCAUUCCGGCGUCCGCCAUCCACCCCGGCCCCUUCACCUUCCACCCCGUCCCUCACGCUCUGUACCCGACCCUCCUGGCUCCCAGGCCAGCAGCUGCUGCUGCUGCCACAGCCCUGCACCUCCACCCCCUGCUGCACCCCAUUUUCUCAGGACAGGACUUGCAGCAUCCACCCAGCCACGGCACAUGAAGGACACAAUGAAGGAACCUCGGAGGAAGGAGAAUAUUUGGUGUUUUGGGAAGGGGUUGGAGUUGAGCCAGCGGGCAGGUGAGGCCUGAGCAUUUCCUUUCACUCUUGAGCAGCCAAAGAAGCCGGGGGCUCGAGGGCUGGGCAGGUGGCUGCACCCCAGGGAAGUCUCACUCCAGCUCCUCCAUGCACGCAGCAGCACUGCUCCAGAGGAACCAUUUCACCUUUACAACAGUGAGACACUUGGAAAGGCUUUUUUUCCCCCCUGGAUUCUUACACUUGGUCAUCUUCCUUCUGCCACCUUGUAUAUGGUAAAUGAGGUUUCAUCCACACUAAAGAAUCUCUAAAAAAUCCUUUUAAUGAGGUCAUCUAAUUCAAAUAGCAUGAUUGAACCCGGCUUGUAAUCGGUCAUGGACCAUCGGGCGCUGCCGGCUGUGGAGGGGCUGGAGGCCUCAGCUUUCAGCAUUGCAGGAGGUUCCUUGGCCCCUGUCUCUGCACAUGUGGGUUUUUCUUGGUGUGAGCAGCAAAGGUGGAAGUAAGAUCUUAGUGUAAAGAGGAGGAGGAGCUCUGUGUGUGUGCCCAGAGCUCCCUUCCUUCCCCAUCCUGCAUCCACGUUCUCCUGCGCCAGGACCGUGCCUGGAUAUCCCAGACUGGAGAGAGGCUCUGGGGCUGGGAUUCCAGUCUGGGCUUUGACCACUCUUCUCCUGAAAGGGGGAAAAAAAUCACUUUGAAUUCCAUCUUCUGUGGGGUUGGGAAAGAGGCACUGGGAUGGGAGAGAGAAGGCAAAUCCUUUAGGAAUUGAAGCAAUACAGAGGACGGGGGAGCGCGGCCUGGAUGUAAAACGUGUUCUUUCCUCUGUAACACUGAUGGUUUCUUUAUUAAUUUAUAGGAUUUUUUUUUAAUGUAAAGAAUUGCACUGAACUCUGUAAACAAAGAUGCUGCUUUUUGUAGCUCCUAUCAAAGGUUACAUUUGUAGUAUAUCGCAAUAAUAUUUUUUACAGCCAGUUCUUAGUGGUACUUGUUCUGGUGGCUUCUGUGUAAAUAUGUUUGCUGUAGGUGACCCAAGACACUUGUAAAGGUUCAAUUUAUAGUUUCAGCUAGAUGCAGAACAGCUAAGCAUGUAUAUUUUAUCAAGCUCAUGUAUUUUUGAAGUUUUUAUGUAGUAUAAAAUGUAAAAACAAACAAAAUCUUCAUUUAGAAUUUUGCAAAAGAAAAAAAAAUCAACAGGUGAGACUUGGGUGAGGUGAGGGUUUGGGGGUAGCAGUGACUCUGGCAGGUUCUGUGUUCCUCCCUGCCAUAGGAAUGGGCACUGGAGCAGCCUGGGGAGCAGCAGGAAUUCGGGGUGCUCCCAGAGAAUAGGAGCCCUUUUUUCCUUUCCUUUUCCCCCUCUUUGGAAGCAGUAAUGUGGAGCCUUGGGACUGCUCCCAGCCCACACAGAGGGUUACCCCAGCUUAGUCCAUAAGGGAUUUCCCAGUUCUCCCAGCAUCACCCAGCUCAGGUGACACUGCAGGUGUCACAGCCCUUGGGCCACCACGGCUGGAGGGAGGGAUUUCAGAGCAGUGUGGGGAUGUGGUGACAUCCCUGUCCCAUUCCCCAUCCUCAUCCUCUUCCCUGGAGUGCAGCACGAGGCCAGGCAGAGUCAAAGGAUCAAACCCCCCUGAGCUCCCUCACCGUGUAAAUGAGAAUUGGAGCAGGUCAGAGUGACAGCAGUCACAAAAAAGGGACUCAAUUUCCUGUAAAUACCAGACAAUUCAGUGUUACUGUCAGAGCUGAGCUUCAUAGGGCCCAUCUGUGCCCUGGCCCCACUGCACUGUGGGCAGGGAUUGUUUUUGGACUUCAGGAUAGCGCUAAAAUGAUUAACCUGUCAUUACUUACAAGCAUAAACAGACUGUAUUUAACUUUGUCACAUAAGAUAUAUAUAUAAAUAUAUAUAUAUGCUGUAAAAUGAGGGAAAAAAACCUUUCUAAUAA